AUGAUUCGCAGACCAGUUGCUAAGCGUCAGCUGAGCAUAGAAGAAUCCUUCCUGCAAUCCGCAAAGAAAUCGCCAAACGAGUCAGAAAGUGACACUCAGCCGAAAACUAACGCUCAUGGAACUACGACUGCCACCAAUCGUCCUGCCUCAAAUGCACCGCCUUCUCUCAAUCCCAGUUUCGGCUCAUUCACUUGGAAGAACUUACAUCUUCUGCCCGUAAAUGAAGUCGAGGACGUGGGUGGCAAUGAGGCAGGUGAUGUCUGCCUGUAUGAGACAGGACACGAUUGGGACGGCAUGCCACAGCCCACACCAGCCGUGUUUGUCGACGCUUGGGAUAAAGAUCACGUGAAGAUGCCCUGCUCGCCUCGGAGUCUUUACGUUGAGAAUGUACGUGCAUUCAUCAUAUUUUUAUUUUUUCUUAAAUUUGUGAAAAUCUCCAUUGUAAAUAUCAAAAGAUAG